GAAGAAGAAGAAGAAGAAGAAGAAGAAGAAGAAGAAGAAGAAGAAGAUCAUGAAGAUAUCAGCUACGAUAAGCUCAAGAGGCGCAUGUGGAAAGAUCGGAUGCUCAUGCAAAAGCUUUACAGAAACAAGCCAAGCGUUGAUGGUGCUGAUGAUCGUGAUCACGAAGAUCAUCAUUCACCAGAGUCGUCGACGGCGAGAGAAGUAGCGUCUCGAAGAAAAAAGAUAGCAAGAGCACAAGACGCCAUACUCAAGUACACGGUGAAGAUCAUGGAGGUUUGCAAAGCAAAGGGCUUCGUUUAUGGGAUUGUCACCGAGCAGGGAAAGCCGGUCACCGGCUCAUCAAACAGCCUCCGUGGAUGGUGGAAGGAAAAGAUCAGAUUCGACCGAGCCGCCCCCCUCGCAAUCUUCGAAAAGCAGUGCUUGCCGCCGGAGAAUAGUACUAAUAUUCUUGAAGGAUCCAGUGAUGAGAUAUUAGACCCCAUAAGUUCAUGCAUGCCUCUUCUACAGGAUUUGCAAGACACAACUUUGGGGUCAAUUCUCUCCACUAUGAUGGAACACUGUGUGCCUCCACAGAGGACAUUUCCUCUCGAGAAGGGGUUGGCCCCACCAUGGUGGCCCACAGGGAAGGAGAUUUGGUGGGGGGAGCAGGGGAUAAUUUCUCAAGAACAAGGAGUUCCACCUUAUAGGAAACCCCAUGCCCUUAAAAAGGUAUGGAAAGUUAGCGUCUUGGCUGCUGUGUUGAAACACAUGUCACCUGAUUUUGACCGUGUGAGAAGGUUGGUCGGACAGUCAUUGUGUUUGGAAGGUAAAAUGACGGCUAAGGAUACUGUACUUUGGUCCAAGGUCGUUAAUCAAGAAGAGUUGAUCCUUUCCCAACUCACCAAAAAGUGCCUCAAAAUCUCAGUUCCUGAGAAUAAUGAUGAUGAUGAUCAAGUUGAUCAUGUUUCAAAGGGUCCCACUUUGCGUGGCAGUGAGAAGAGGAAGUUUGAGUUUGAUCAGUCAUCAUCAUCAGAAGACAAGGUUAGUAGUGAUAAUAAUUCACUACUAUAUGCCUGCCAAAACAGUCUUUGUUUACAAAGUGAAAAGGGUUUUGGAUUUGUGGACAAGAGCUCAAGAAAAGAACACGAGUUAUUAAAGCGUGCUUAUCGCUUAGAAGAAACAAGCUCAAGAAGUACUGAAGAUCAAGAAAGUUGCAAAGGCUCAGAUAAUUCAGUGGAGAAGGGUGAAAGUGUUAAUUACUCGUCAGUUGAUGAUAAUGCAAAAGUUUUUAGUGUGGCUGAUUGGUUAAAUAUGGAGUUAGCAGAAGAAAGUGUCAUUAAGAGUGAAGUUAAUCAUGAUGAUUUUGUUACUAAUUUCGUAGACUAUGCUAGCUGGUGGGAUGAACUAAUGAAGAAAGAUGUACUAGCAAAUCCGGAUGCAGAAAUUGGGGUCCAAAUGAAAAACGCAAGUUCAAGUGAAAUCCCAAGUAUAGACAUUAAUAUUAGCCCAAAUGAUCAAGCUACUUCUAUUUGGGAUUCGAGAUAUGAGUGA